GCCGGGGCACAGCGGCCCGAACUGCGCACCCUGCCCGGUCCCGGCGCUGCCCCGCUCUCCCUCUCGGUGUCCCAGCCCCGAUCCUCAUCCCCUGCCCCGUCCCUGUCCCCCAGCCCUGCUCCCCUGGCCCUGAUCCCCCCUAAGCCGCCCUCCCAGUGGCUGGCGGGCAGCCCCGGCACAGCCGGAUAGGGGCACCCCGCACACCCCGUAACUCCGCAUCCUGCACGGGGCAGAGUGUCAGCCCGUGAGUGCCGCGGAGCUGCACGCGUUCCUGGGCGCCGUGCCGUGUAGAACCCGUGUCUGGUGCUCACACGUGCUGCACGCUGCUCUCGGGGCUGCCUGCAGGCCCCUGGCAUCCUCGUGUAUCCUUCACACCACCUGCGAGGUUCUGUGUGCUGCCUGCUGUGGGGCUGUCACAGCCUAGAGCGGCCCAUGGCACGAUGCUGGUGACCAGAUACGCCUCUUGCACAUUUUAGGGUGGUCAUCCCAGUCACUUGCUUUCUGGUGUAAGUGCACUGUAGGGCUCUGGGCCUUGCAUUUCAGGCUGCUCUUACUCCUUGAGUAGCUACUUUGGUUAAUUUAGCUUCAUUUUCCCAGGCUGGGUCUUGCUUUGUUUCCUGCUUACAUUUCUGGGAUCCUUUCAAUGGUGUCUUCUCUGGAUGGUGUUUACAGCAGCUCACUGCUCAGUAUCAUCUAAUGACAAUUCCUUGUUCAAGUUGAAGUUUGAGAGAUGCUGUAAAACAAGACCCUGAAGUUCAGCUAAGUCAGCUCUUGCUUGUCUCAUCAAAAAGCUUUGCCCAGUGAUUCUUCUGAAAUAACUCUGGGCAAGCCAGUGUCCAUCAUUCAUUGUACAGGUGUGUGCCGGCUCCUUUAGCUGCCAGUUUUGUCUCUGGGGAUAGGAACAGGGUUUAUCCUGUUCUCAGCUCUGGUUGUGUUGUGCCUUCUUGCAGAGAAAAUCAGUGCCUUGUUUGCUCUACCCAUUACUCAGGCCCUGGUUUCUCCUUGGCACUGUGUGUCAGCAGGUUAAUAGGUUCAUCUCUGCACUGGCCAGGUGACUGUGUUUGUGUGGACAUGCUGUUUUUGCUUUUCCUGCAGCUGUUUUUGCAAGGCCUCUGCCUCAUUUGCAUUUUUCUGUUUAAAAACAGUGAUUUUUCCCUUUUGAGUCAUCUUUAUUUUUGAGACAUCAUUAAUUUUCUCUCCCUCCUUGUUUAUUAAUAGACCUUUUCACUUUUGUGCUGAUUCUGCCUGGUUAUAUUUGUAAAGUCCUUUGUACUCCCCUUAGCAUUCUGGCUGUUAACUCCUUCUGCUGGUUUGUUGUCCCUUCCCUCUCCCGAGCCCCCCUGCAGCUGUGAGGGGACACUAUUGACUUUCAAAUCAUCUUCCUGUCUGCAAUGUUCCCCUUCUCCUGUUCAGGUAUCUCCUAAGAGCAUCUAUAUAUCCAGGUGUCUCCUGAGAGUAUUGCGAGUGAAAGGCACGAUUGAAAUCUCUGAGUGCCUUUGAUGCUUUUGCCACCUCCUCACACAGCCAGUGUUGCUGUGGCUGCUGAGAGCUCUUUCUCCUGGCAGCAGGGGACAGGACGCCUUAAAGCCUGCAGAUGCAGCUCUUUGCUCCUUGAAUGCUUUGCUUUGCCGUGUACCAGUGGCUGUGUUCAUGCCUUUGCUCUGUCUCCACCAGGUAUCCAGGUCCUUUCCUGGCCCCAUUGCCCGCUGGUGAGCCAGGUGGUCUGGGCUGGAGCUCUGCUGAGAGCAGGAGAGGUGCAGGGUAGCCAAAACCUCUGACAGUCCUUGCUCAGGCUGCCAGGGGCUGGUGUUGUGCAGUUGGUAAGUGUGCCAUGGCACGUGCCUGGCAUGGGAUGAGUCUUGCAAGUGGCAGGUUCCCCAGUGGAGCUGUUUAGAAUCUCCUUGUACCUGCCUUUUUAUUAAUCUUGUUAUUGUAGUUAUUUUUUUCCCCUUCAAAGAGCCCAAUCUGCUGCAGGCUGUAAAGAGUGACUUUGUGGUGUGCGAGCUGCAUGCCAAGGCUGCGUGAGGUCCCCCAAGGCUCCUGGUCCCCCAGUAUUGCCAUCCCUGUUCACUGUCAGGGCUUUAAGGUUAUCUACUCUAUCGAUGGGAAUAUGGAUUGAGUGGAAUUAGAAACCUCGAAGGCUAAAAAUACAGCUCCCUGCCAGGAAAUGCGGCAGCCUGCUGAGAGGGUGCUGUGUGGCACUGAGACUUCUCCAGGAACUGGCAUGUUCCACAGGAGCACCACAGCCCAGCAGCCGUGCCUGUUCCCAGGUUCCCUGAGCAGGACUGUGGCUGGCUUGCUCUUGUUUGUGGUGUCCCUCCCUCGACAGGACAGGGAGAGAAAUCAGGGAGAAAACGCUGCCCAUGUGUGCUGAUGUUUGCUAGAGGGGAAACUCAGGCUGGCACCUGACCAGGCAGCUCACUCAGACCCCACAAAUGCACACCAUGAGCAGGGUGUUCCUGGGAGCCGUGCAAGAGGAGCCUGUGCCUUCAGGGAGCUCUGGCUGCCUCCUGGCUGAUGAUCCAGCAUCCUCCUGGCCAUGCUGGGCUGAUGGGCUUUACGUUCCAGACAGCUGGGCAGCACUCCCAUCACCACUUUUACCAUGGUACCAUGGCCUUUCCCUGCUUGGUGCCACAGUGCUGAGUUGUUUUGCUAGGCAGGUCCAUAAAACAAGACAGCAUCUGGAGCAGCACAGACCUUUUUGGGGAUGCACUGCUCCUUGCUGCCUGUCUUUGUGGGGCAAGCUUGGUCCCAGACUCUGGAAGUGGUAGGGUUGCCCUGCCUAGUGUAGUGUGAAUGAGACCCAAAGCCAGGGCCAUUGCUCUGCCUCCCAGAGCAUGAAAUUAGUUGGUGCUGACCCGUGGCUGUGGCAUCGAUGAAGUGUUUGAUAGGCUGGGGGCAGGGGCUGUGCUGCCCUGUGGGGAAAAAGCAAAGCUCUGCAGCAUCCCUGCCAGUGUGGGUCAUCCUCGCCGUGCUUCUUCCCAGGCUGCAGGAAGCAGCUCUUCCCCAGCAGCGUGUGGCAGGCAGAGGCAAAGCUGUGCAGGGAGAGGAUGCUCCCAGCACCAGCCGUCUGGCUAAUGCUGCACCAUCUGCUUUGGAGGGUGAGGCAAGGUGAAUGGCAAGUUUUUGAGGAGCCCAUAAAUCCUGUGUGCAAAGGCUCUUGGAGGUGACAUGGCAUCUGCAUGGAGGAAUGCUGCUUCUGGUUGCUCCCUGGUGCUGGAAAUUGUCAGGAAGGAGAGAGCCUGGGGAGAUCACUGACCCCCACAAGACAUUCAGCAAUGAGCCAUGGCCUGGGACUCUUGGGCUUGGCUGGGAAAAGUCCUUCAGCAGAACAUGCUUAGGUGCAGUUGGAAGCUAUCUGUGGUUGGAAAUGGUGGCGCCGGGGGGCUUCCAGUGCCCCCUCCCCUCUGGCACUCGGGCUGCCACUCGGUGAGAAAAUGUAUAAUGCCUCAGUGUUGAAAAAUGACUAAUCCAGUCCUUGGAAGGUUUGUAGGAUACAUUCCUUUCUUGCGGUCGAUAAAGAUAAAGGGGAUCGUUCUGCCAGCAAAAUUAGUGUAUCAAAGAGGGGGGGAAAAUGAAAAGAGCUACGGAGACAGAAAAAUGGUUGGGGCAGCCCUGGGAUGGUGCUCAGCAUCACCACAGCACCUGUGCUUGCACCUCAUAUUCCUGCCCACCUUCGCAGCCUGAGGUGCAGGCACAGGCACCACGGCUGUGCUAGGGGUACUGCCCUGCUGGGCUUUUCCAGUGGUUUCCAGCGAGCCAUGAGAGACUCAUCCAUCAUGCCAAGGCCACGGUUGUCCAUCCAUCACAGAGGGGAUGAUGCCGUGUGGCACGGGCAGCCCCAGCCAGUGGUUGGCCUCCCCUCGCCUUCCCGGCACCACUGCUGGCUGUUGGUGAGGGGCCGCGGGAGCGUUCGCGCCUCGGUCGGGGCUGUGUGCAGGGGAGGCUAAUGUACCGGAGGUGCCUCGGAAAUGAGAGCCUUGGAUGGGUUCCUGGCCCUAUUGAUCUGCCGGCAGUUUAUGCAUCCUGACAUUCAUAAUCUCGGUCGGCGCUGAUGGUCCAGAUUAAUGGGCCCAGGGGCUGUCCAUCCGUCACUUCACAUUAAUUACUGAAGAGGUGUUUUUCCAGUGAUUUACCUGACAGCGGCCUGUGAUGAAUCCCCCUAAACGGAGUGGGCAGUGAUUAAUCAUGGGGCCCCAGCCCAGCCCCACUCUGCCUUCCCCUCAACCACAGUGCAGCCCCCCGCACCAUCCGUCUCCAUAAACCCUGUCUGAUGCAUAUUUAUGGGGGCAGGGGGGCCUGGCCGCUUGUGGUGUGCCUGCUUCUGCCAAAGAUGAUGAAAAAUAAAUCUCUGUCGGGACGGGGCAGCAGGGCUGGCACCAUGCAGCAGGAGGCGGAGGGCGGCCGGGUGCGCCGCAGGAAGCCUGACAUGGCCCUCUACGUGCCCAAAGCGCGGCGGGAGAGAGAGGCACAAGCGGCAGGCGACACGCGGGCUGGGCACCGCCGGGAGCCCGAGAGCCACCGCCGGGAGCCCGAGAGCCACCGCCUGCUGCAGGAGCCUGGCUGGGCUGGUGGCGAGGGGCAGAGGCGAAGCCCCCGUGCCAGAACGCAGGCAGGCAGAGCGGCAAGGAGGGAGAACAAGGUGGAUGCUGGCCCAAAGGAGCUGCGGACAGCCUCUGCCAGGCACAGCCACAGGACGAGAGGCGGCUGCCCUAUUGCACUGGAAAGCCUGGAGGCAUCACCCGGCGUGUGUGAGCCGUGCCCAGAUCCAGCUGCUGCUCAGCACUGGGACAGACAGGACAAAGCAUCUCAUGAAGAACCCAGAGAACUCAGCCACGAUCACAGGAUGAUAAGGACUGAGCCUGACCCUCCAUCCCCACAGAAUGCCCAGGCUGGGGCUGUGAAGGCUCCCCCUGAGCCUGGGGAUGACCCCACUAGCCCAACACCCGCUGCUAGCCCAACAUUGGUUUGUCAGACAGGUUUGAGUGGGACGUUGGAGCACUUGGGGGACAGCACCCUAGAUCCAGCUGGAGACCUCUCUCAAAGCCUGGGAGAGGCUGCCUUGCAGUCAGCAGGGUCAGGCAACCAUGGCAGUGUCCCCCAGUUGGUGGGGGAGACAGUGGGUCUGAAAGCCUGGGAGGAGGAGAGGGAGGAGGAGAGGGAGAAGGAGGGGUCUCUCCUGGAAGAGCAGAGCAAGGGUUGUGCCACUCGGGUGCCGGAGGAAGAGGAGACGUGGGGAGGCAGAGCUGAGCUUCCUGAGGAGAGCACCUUGUGUGCAGCAGGAGCCAGCUGCGAGCCCGUGUUCCUGAGGGGCAGCGUGGGGGAUGUUCCAGUGCUGCCAGGGGAGAGCACUCCACAGCAGGGCACGGGCAGCCCAUCCCAGCUCCCGCCUGCCGUGGAGGAGAGCACUGCUGGAGCUGGGGAUCCCAGCCAGGAGGGUGACCUCGUGCCUGCUGGAGGGGAAGCAGGCAGCACUUCUGCCUGCACAGAGAGCAGUGCUGCAUCUGAGAGCAGCCCAGGGGAGGGAGCACCUCUGGAAAGCUGUGAGCCCCCAGUGCCCCUAGAGCAGCUGUGCCACGGCAUGGAGGGGAUCUCACCUGCAUCCUGGGCCAAGGAGCUGGCCAAGCCAGCUGAGGAUGUGGGCUCGCUGCAGAAGCACCAGGAGGCUGAGAAAGAAGAGAGAGAUCUCCACAGCAGCUCCCCUAAGGAAGGACAGAGCAGUGCCAGUGCUGAAACCCUGAGCCAGACCAGCCCAGGUGCUGAGGAGAGCUGGGAUGUGCUGUUCAACGAUGAUGGGGACUGCCUGGACCCACGCCUGCUGGAGGAGCUCUCAGGGGGUGAGAAGCACCAGGAGAGCCAGCAGUCACCCCGCUUCAACUACUAUGGGGCUGAACCUGCUGCCCCAGACAUCAGUGACGAUGAGCUGCCCCACGUCAUCGAGAUCUACGACUUCCCCUCGGACUUCCGCACCGAGGAUCUGAUGCGUGUCUUCUGCAGCUAUCAGAAAAAAGGCUUUGAUAUUAAAUGGGUGGACGAUACGCACGCCCUGGGCAUCUUCUCCAGCCCCAUAACAGCACGCGAUGCCCUCAGCACCAAGCACCUGAUGGUGAAGACACGGCCGCUGUCCCAGGGCACCCGCGCCUCCAAAGCCAAAGCCAGGGCAUUUGCUGAGUACCUGCAGCCGGCCAAGGAGCGCCCUGAAACGUCAGCUGUGCUGGCCAGGCGGCUGGUGAUCGGUGCCCUGGGGGUACGGAGCAAGCAGACACCGGCACAGCGGGAUGCAGAACGGAGGAAGCUGCAAGAAGCUCAGGAGAGGAAGCGCCUGGAGAACAAGCAGCGGGAGGAUGCCUGGGAGGGCCGGGACUGAGCCAGGAGGCUGCACUUUCAGCCCAUGUCCCUCCCUGCAGGCAGGCAGAGCACUGCGGCUCAGAGCUGGGACAGAUUCUGCACUGCCUCCAGAAGCACUGGGCUGCUUCACCGAAAGGGCUGAGCAGCGUGUGAGCUGGUUGGUGCUGUGGGGAUGCUGUUGCUGUCAGGCAGCACUGCCCACCCUGCCCAGGGCAGAGCCCCCAAGGCUGCCAGCCCCAGCAGGAGCGACAGCAGGACGCAGGGAGCUCAGCAGAGAGCACGGGGGGCUCUGUGGGGUGGCCCUGGCCACCUGGAAGGGCCUUGUGAGUGAGAGUUUCUGUCCUUUAUUUUGCUAAUAAAUGCCAUUUAUUUUA